GUGGUAUAUUCAUAUGUGAGCUCAUCCAAAAUGUCCACAUAAAGAUUGGUAGACUUCUCGAUAGUAUCAGCAUAGGGUUCAAACGCAUGGAACUUGUGCACAUGAGGAUGUAUCGACUUGUCGACGGCAAAAACCUCCCCAUCGUUGAGAGCCACGUAAUCUAUCUGAACUCUGGCUCUUUUCAGCUUACGGCGGUACUGACUAGGACCAUGAUCAACCGCACAAUUGGUACAAUGGAAGGCCAAAAGCACAGCAACAUCGACACCCACACAGGUGAAGUGCAGCCAACGGCGACAGAUGUCACAUUGAACCCAACUUCCGAAGCAUUUCUCAAAGAAUACAAAAUAAGGUCAUCUUUAGAAAGACUCAUCUUCCACUACGCCCAAAGACCUCUUUCCAAAUUCUCUAUCCAAGGCCUAAUCGAGCAGUCAGAGUCUCUUUCACCAAACUUCAUCCUUCAGAAUGCCCAGAACACCGUCGAAUACCUCCUUGCCUACAACGCCAGGCGGCUACGUGAGUUUAGACGGUUACCUUACCUUGUGGUGCUAAAUCCUUCCGUUGCCGAGUCUUAUAAUGGCUACUUGAACACCAUGUCUUCGUUGAUAACCGCCUCAUUAUACCCGCCCGCCACCUUGGAAGAGAACCAUGCAUUUGCCGAAAAAGUGUUGGACGAGUUCAUCAACAUCCACUCAGACACUCUUCCCAGCUUGUCCAGAGGAUUCAACGAAGUGCUUCAUCUCGUGUCCACCGACAGAAUCAAACAGUUUCUCGAUGAACACUUGCGAGAGCGUAUCAGCAUGCGGCUCAUUGCCCACCAGCACAUACAACUUUCCAAGGCAUUGAAAGAAGGCACCUAUGUCAAGGGAGGAAAGUACAAUGGAGUCAUUAAGGAAUUGGAUAUCUACAGCGUGAUCAAGAAAAACGCCGAGGUCGUGAAUGACAUUUGCUUGAUGAAGUAUGACCAGGCGGUGGAGAUUCGUGUGGAUAAUAAUCUCUAUUCGAAUACUUACUGGAGUCGAGCCGAACCUGACUUGAAGGCUCUGAAGAAGUCCGAUAAGGUGCUUUUUCCUUACAUUGAGUACCAUCUCGACUAUAUGCUCACGGAGUUGUUCAAGAACUCUUUCAGGGCGCAUAUAGAGAACAAGGUUCAUGAGCCGGUGAAUGUAACGGUUUCGGUGUCCCACUCUCCAUUAUACUUGGAAGUGAGAAUCAGAGAUAGAGGUAAAGGAAUACCUCCGGCCGUGUUGAAGCAUAUGUUCGACUAUUCCUUCUCUACGUAUGAAUCCCAAGAGGGAGAAGCGUAUAAGACGCUCAACCAACCGCCUGGACUCGGUGGAAACACCGUGGCCGGUAUGGGGUACGGAUUGCCCUUGCUGAAAAAUUACAUUGAGAUCUUUAACGACACCAUCCCCAAGGACUUGGACGUCGAGAAUGAUGCCGGACGUGUCAAGGGCCUGUUAACUAUACAGAGUUAUCACGGCUGGGGUACAGAUGUGUAUUUGAAAACUGUUGGUAGCUAGAAUUUUGUAUGGUUUGAGUAGCAUGAUGUCAGCCUUUCGCGAUCUUAAA